AUGUCGCCGUGAUCGCCUCUGCCCUCUCUCGCGCCCGCAGCAUUGCCCUCCGCCGCCUCACUAACCCCGCCGUAGUCGGCCGCCGUCACCAACUUUUUCCACAGCGCGGCGUCUUCGCGGCAUAGCAUACCCGCGCCCCUUCCAGACACCUCUCCGCGGAAUGGACUACUCGGAAGGCAUGGACGAAUCCGUGCCCAUCUUCUACAUUGGGCAGCAUGAGUCGAAGCGCGCCCUCGAUGUGUCGCCGGAGCUGGUGCAGCAUGCCCAAGAUCUCGGAUAUGAUAUGAUCACCAGCACAAUUACCACGGACCAGUUCCAUAAUCGCGUCCUCGGCAUCCUCAAUUCCUAUACCCAGACGCUCGCUGAGUCGCCGUCGCAACCGUUGCCAUUGAUUCCCGCACUGGACAAUUUUGACACACCACUCAGCCCCAACGACAUCAUCGGCCAACUGGUAACCUUUACCAGCUCGUGGAUUGACCUCUCCUCGCCAGAUCCGCUCAUCGCCCAUCUGUCGCGGCAGGUCUUUCACCUUGAGAUUGCCUAUGCAGCCUUCUGCGGCGUCACAAAUGUCGUCGUGCCCGGCCCAAGGCUGGCCCAUGGACAGGCUGGCGUCUCUCAGUAUGCUCGCUCUAUCAAGGAGGCGCUUAUCACAGGGUCCUAUCUUCAGCUACAUAUUCAACUACCCAUGGAUGGCAAGCAGCCAGAGUCUACCGGCGAGGACUUGGGAGACCUAGCCCGUUUUGCAAGAGCUGAGUUUGAGCCCAGCGCUGACGCAAAGAAUAUUAAUUCAUGGAGUUCAUGGGAUGCCUGGAACACCAUCAGAUCUAUCUGCAAAUACCACAACAGAUUGUCAAUCAUGCUCGACCUUCCGCGCAAAUUCCCAUCACUGGCUCUUCAAUCGCGCUGGUUCUCAGAGCCCCUGCGGUUACUUAAUCUAUAUGCCUCGUCUUUUCUGGUCAAUGCUCGCCAAUCCUUUGUGCUAUCCAAAGCACACCAAGUCUUCAUCUUUCGAGCCAUGCGCCUGCAGCGCGGACCUUGGAUGCUCAUCUCAGAUGUCGGCCCACUGCCAGGCAUUGACGAUCCAGACAUGAUCAUGUCAUAUUCUACCGGCCACCUCUCCCCUCACACGGUCGAAGACGCGCCGAGCCCUGGUUCUUCGGCUCCCGCACCAACCCCAGCCGAAGCAGCCCAGUUGACGAGGAAAUCGCCAAAGAAGAGCAGUAGCAGCAACGAUCCGACACCGCAUCUCAGCUACAUGCGGUACCUGCAACGCAACCAACCCCCCAAAAGCCAGAUUGAACGUUUUGGCGGCGGUUUUCAGGAUUAUCUGCAGAGCCCAUUGCAGCCUCUUACAGACAAUCUGGAGUCAAUCACGUAUGAGGUGUUUGAAAAGGACCCAAUCAAGUAUGCAUGGUAUGAGCGAGCCAUUGCACAAGCACUGCGUGAUUGGCACGCCGAGCAAAGGUCGACAAGCUCCGACAACGGUGCCGUUGUUAUUGCUGUCGUCGGCUCUGGCCGCGGUCCUCUUGUGACACGUGCGUUGAAUGCGAGUGCAAGCUCUGGCGUCCCUGUGCAAGUAUACGCGAUUGAAAAGAACCCCAAUGCGUAUGUGCUGCUGCAGCGCCACAAUAUCGAGACUUGGGGCGGGCGCGUCACAGUUGUAAAGACCGACAUGAGAGCUUGGAAAGGUCCUUCGAAACCAGAUGGCACCUUUGGCAAGGUCGACAUCCUAGUCAGUGAACUGCUUGGAUCCUUUGCCGACAAUGAGUUGUCACCAGAGUGUCUCGACGGCGUUCAGCAUGUCUUGAACCCCAACCACGGCAUCUCGAUACCAUCGAGCUAUACUGCACACUUUACUCCAAUCUCGACACCCAAGCUCUGGGCUGACCUGUACAACCGCAGUACCAACGUGGACCCGAAUGCUUUUGACAUCCCCUGGGUCGUCAUGCUGUCACAAUUUGACUACUUGUCUACAGAAGCUAAAGAGACGGUUGCUGCUCAACAGCUCAGCAACGGCACCAAGAUGCAGAACUUCAACCUCGAGCCGCCUCUUGCACCCAACGUGAAGACCGCGUGGGAGUUCACCCAUCCUCUACCACCCAGCAUUAUAGCUCAGUCCUCGCUACGCAAGGGCGGAUCUGCAGUAGGCGGUGGAGGCGGCUUCUGUGGAGGUGACGGCGCAAACGAACACAACCUGCGCUACUGCAGAAUCGCCUUUCCCAUCCAAGAACCAGGUGUUUGUCACGGACUGGGCGCAUACUUUGAAACCGUGCUGUACAGCGGGUCCGAGGGCCCCGUGGAGCUAAGCACAAACCCCGUCACCAUGGACCAGAAGAGCAAGGACAUGAUCUCGUGGUUCCCCAUCCUUUUCCCUCUCAAGAACCCCAUGCAGCUGCCGGCUAACUCGGAAGUCGAAGUCAGCUUCUGGCGACAGACGGACGACCGCAAGGUUUGGUAUGAGUGGCUUGUAGAGAGCUACAUGAUGAUCAACGGCCAGCGCGUACGCUUGGGUGUGUCUGAUUUGCACUCGAGCAAGUCGAACGGAUGCAUGAUGUAAGGUGCAUGACGCCAGAAUCGCACGGCUGAGUUGAAAGGGAGCGGUGAUUUCAAUAGACACCGCAUUUACGCAAAGCUACCCAAAUGGCUAUGACAUGG